UGACUGUCGUGUCGUGAUGACGUCAAGGCAAUGGCCGCUCUCACUGUGUAAUGCAGAGUUUUUGAUUCUCUCCGGUAAAAAGAAAAUAACAUUGAUCUGAUUACUUAUUGUUGUUUCUCAAACUCAGCCGGCAGAGACUGGGUAGUUUUUAAGAUCACGGCCCUGUUUCCAAAGACGAUCAGUCUGGAAAGAAUAAUUUGUAAUGGACACCCCCGAGAGCCCUGCCCAGUCCCCGCAGUCCCCACUGGAGGAGGAGAGAGGCUACUCUGACAGCGAACUCCUGAACGACGACGAGCAGGACGGAGAGGAGGAGGAAGAGGGCGGGGGCGGUGCCUCGGAGCUGGAAGACGAAGAGCUGGAGGAAGGGGAAGGUGUUGAGCAGGGGCAGGAACGGCAGCAGGAGCUACUGCAUGACGCAGGCCAUGAGCGUGUGUCUGAGGAGGAGGACGAGGAUGAGGAGGAGCAACACGAAGAAUGGGGGCAGCCGAGCAGGGAUGAGGAACUGAGGGAGGGAAGAAUGGCAUGCCAGUUCCCGGAGGAAGAUGAGGAAGAGGAGGAGGAAGACGAGGACAGGGUCAGCACCGGCCCCAAGUCUCCCGACUCUGAGCUGGAUCACGAGAAGCUUCUGGAAGAGGAUGACGAAGAUGAUGGGGCCAAGGCGGCAGCGCCGGCUCUUACGACAGAGCGGGCCCCGGCUGACGAAGAGGAGGACGAGGAGGAAGAGGAGGUGCUCCAGAGGAGGGUGUUGAGUGACCUCAAGGACGAGUCGCCCUCCGUGUCACGAGAGCUGGACGAACACGAGCUGGACUACGACGAGGAGGUGCCAGAGGAGGCGCCCGAGGAGGCCGCCGGCCCCGCCCAGGAGGACGAGGAGGCGGGGAGAGGCAGGGCCGGAGAGGGAGGGGAGGGGGACGAUGACGAAGAGGAAGAAGAGGACAAGGGGAAGAAGGCCGAGGUCCUGCCCCCUCAGGAGGAGCCGCAGCCCAAGAAGCCCGAGGAGCCCCGCCCCCCGGAGAGGGGCAGGAGGGAGUCUGUUGUCCGCGACAAGAAGAAAGACGAGGACGACGGGGAGAUCGACGAGGGAGAGAUCGACGACGAUGACCUGGAGGAGGGGGAGGUUAAAGACCCCAUGGACAGGAAGCUUCGCCCGCGCCCCAUCUGCAGGUUCUUCAUGAAGGGUAACUGCACUUGGGGAAUGAACUGCAGGUUUAUCCACCCUGGGGUGAAUGACAAGGGAAACUACUCUCUCAUCAGCAAGCCUGACCCUUUCUCUCCCAACGGAGGGGCCCCAGGGGGCCCCCACCCCCUUAUGCCUUCCAACCCCUGGGGAGGCCCCGCGGUUGAGGAGUUACCCCCUCCACCCCCACCAUUGGACCCCCCAGUGGAGAGCGCUUGGGAAAGAGGACUCCGCCACGCCAAAGAGGUUUUGAAGAAAGCCACCAUACGCAAAGAGCAGGAGCCUGACUUUGAGGAGAAACGUUUCAACGUGACCAUCGGCGAGGACGAGCGAGAGUUUGACAAAGAGAACGAGUUCUUUAGGGAACGCAAUUACCGCAUCACCAGGGAGAUCCGUGAGCCGGGUAACGAGCCCUACCCGGACUACUACGACUAUGAAAUGGAGGCUUUCUGGAGAGGAGGUCAAUAUGAGAACUUUAGAGUACAGUACACAGAAACUCCCCUGCCCUACCAUUAUAAUGAGCGGGACAGGGAACGGGACAGACAGCGGGAGAGGGACCGCGAGAGAGAGAGGGAGCAGCGGGAGAGAGAGAGACGUCAGCGUGAGCGGGAGAGAGAGAGGGAGAGAGAGAGGGAGCGGGAGAGGCAGCGGAGGAAGGAGGAGUGGGAGAGGGACCGCGUCAAGAGAGAGGAGAAGGAGAGGCCCAGAGAGCGCCCCCCGCGGGAGCCACGGGAGAAGAAGGAGGAGAAGGACAAACCCAAACCCAGGUCCCCGGCAGCCCUGCCGCCCAGGCCUUUGGACCCCCCUCCCCAGAAGGAGCUUGGACCGCUUCCGAAGCGUCCGGACGAGUGGAGGGACCCCUGGCGCCGGUCCAAGUCCCCCAGGCGACGUCCUGGAAUGACGGGGUCCCCCCCGAGGGGACGGCGAAGACAUCGUCCAUCAGGCUCCUCGGUUUCCCUCUCCAACUCCUCCAGGUCGUCUUCGCGCUCCUCCUCCUACACCGGCUCGGGCUCCUCUCGCUCUCGGUCCCGCUCCUCCUCCUUCAGCACCUACUCCAGCCACUCCUCCCAUCACAGCUCUCUCAGUGGGAGCCGCUCCAGGUCCAGAUCUUUCUCCUCGUCCCGCUCCCCCUCCCCUACCCAACCCGCUCAGAGGAACACUUCCAAGACUAAAACGGAGCCACCAGUGGCUCCAGCCAAAAGCCUGCCUCUAAAACCCGCUGCCCCUCUGCCCCCCCGGCGGGAGAAGCCCCCGGCCAAGACCCCAGCCAGCCCUCCGCCCCCAGGGCAACCGGGAAAGCCCCUCAAACCGCCCCCUGAGGGGGUCAAGCCAGUUAUCCCCCGGGAGCCGGGCAAAAUUGUCAACCCCAGGGAGGGGCGCAGGAAGGAGCGUCAGCAUCACAACCCACCCAGGAGGCGGACGGUCAGUGGCAGUAUGAGUGGCAGCGCCAGCAGCUACAGCGGCUCCAGCUCCCGCUCCCGCUCCCCCUCCGGCUCCCGAACACGCUCCUCCUCCGCCUCCAUCUCCCGCUCUGGCUCCAGGAAGUCCAGAAAAUCCAGGUCCCUGAGCGUCAGCAGCGUCUCCUCCGUGUCCUCUGCCUCGUCCAGCAGCAGCUCACGGCGGAGCGCCGACUCAGAGGACAUGUAUGCAGACCUGGCUAGCCCCGUGUCCUCGGCCAGCUCGCGCUCGCCCACGCCCGGCCACGCCCGCAAGGACAAGCCACCGCCCCGCGACCGCCUGCCCAACAAGGACAAAGGAAAGCCAACAAAAAAGGACGAGCCGUUCAAAGAUGAUCGCAGAAAGCCCGAUCCAUCUGCCCCACCCCCCAAAAUGUCACAGAGGAUGGGGCCAGGCAAUAAGGGUCACCCUCUGCACCCACCGCCCAUGGGACCCCCUGGAGGCUACGGCUCUCACAAGGACAUCAAGCUCACCCUGCUCCACAAGCAGCAGACAGACCGUGGAAACAGGAAGCGAUACCUGCCGUCUGACAAGGACCGGCCUAUGUCUCCGCCCAGCAAGAGGACAGCCAUGUCACCUGAUAGAGGUCGGGACAGGAGGAUGUUACGACCACCUCUCUCACCCAGACUGGAUCGCCCUCGAGGCCCUGGGCCACGCCCCAUGCCCCCACAACCAGACAGGAAACGGCCGCUGUCUCCGCCCCCAAAAUCCUCUGGGAAGGGACCGGGAGCGUCGUCCGGAAAGCCAGCGGGAGCGGGGCCGGGUUCGGGUUCUGGCGGGCCGACUCCGCCCAAAGCGGGCAAGCCCAGCAGCACGCUGUCGAGGCGCGAGGAGCUGCUGAAACAGCUGAAGGCCGUGGAGGAUGCCAUCGCCCGCAAGAGGGCCAAGAUCCCGGGGAAAUAGGGGCCAACGAGCCACGCUCCUCCGCCAGACGUCAGGGCGCUCCGCCCUCGGAGAGACGCCGACAGUUCUUUUUAUACGCGAGCGAAAAAGUGGCAGCAGGGCGUCGUUGCUUCCCCUUCUCCCCCUUUCAUUCUGAUUGGACAGGAAAACCAUGUUGCCCCCCACCUCCCCACCCCAGCUCUUUCUUUGUUAGAAAGAUUGUAUGUCCUCCUGCACCCCACAAACGCAGACGCGCGCGCACUCACACACACGCAAACACCCAUCCACCCACACACACCCUUUCCAAUGAAGUGUCUCAAAGAAACAUGAUACCUUUAACGCAUUCUUUUUCUCUCUUUCUCUGAAUGCUUUCCAUUUUUUGGUGUCUCGGACUGUGUUCAUGAGACUAGCCUCCCCCUUUGUCUUUCUCGGGUCUGUGACUGUGGAGUUUCUGGAAACUGGUUUUCUGUUUGGAGAACAGACUCUGGAAAAACCUCUCUGGAAAAAAAAAAAAAAGAAAAAAAAAAAAAAAAGACCCCUCCCCGUCUCUCGAGACCCCUUUGUUUACGAAGGUCCUGUCUUUCCCAGUGCACACAACUUCUCUUAGUUCCUGCAUUUAGUGUUUUUCAGCUGUGUUGGAUUUCUUAAUGUGUACAAUUAUAGCAAACAUGGGAGAAAAGGAAGAUUCUUCGAGUGUAAAAUUAUAGCGAACAAAUUCCUGUGAUGUGAAGUAUGCCUUUUUUUAAAUAUCUGCAGCGUUUUUUGUUUGUUUCCCCCCCCCCCCUCAGCUCUUCGUAAUUAAAAAGGUCUGUAUUUUAUUUCCCCCCAGUUUUAGUUGACACGUACAGUGGGAGGUUGCGUGUGAGAUUUCCUGCAGAAAAGGAGGAAUUGUGUCUUACCUUUGUGACAGGAAAAGCAACUGAAUAAACUAUUUUGAUAAAGA